AUGCGGGUCAACUACGUUCCUGAACCGAGUGCGUCCACGCCGUCGUCAGAACGGGAAAUCGUCGAUCGUAUACGCGCCCGCCGGGCUCCCGAUGGCCUCCUCGAGCUCGAUCGGAUCCUCCUUCAUUCGGUGCCACUGGCAGCAGGAUGGGACUGUUUCUUCAGGAACAUCCGCACCAAUACUUUACUGGCUGCGGACGUCCGGGAACUGGCGAUUUGCAGAGUGGCAGUCUUGAAUCAGGCAUGGUAUGAGUGGAUGCAUCACGCACCGCUGGCACGCGCGGCUGGCAUAUCAGAAACAGCAUUGGACAGUAUCUUGGCCGGUGGACAGGAGGGCUUGAGCCGCACUUUACAGCUCGUGGUGCGAUACACCGAUGCAGUGACCAAGGAUGUGGCAGUUUCCGGACAGCUGUUCGACGAGGUCCAGGCGGCAUUCAGCACUCGAGACGUGGUAGAGCUUACCGCGACCAUCGCAGCCUACAACUGCGUGAGCAGGUUCCUUGUUGCCCUCAACAUAGGGGAUUGCAAUGAGCGCCCACCGGGCAAAUUAACUCCACGAGAAGACAAGGACCAGGCAAGAAGUGUCGUGUCGCGCUUCUGA